AUGGUCCUCGAAGAAUUAGAUCCUGAAAUAAAUAGCAUUCCGGUGGGCUCGAACAACACAAAUAGCACAAAGUUCAUUCGCAAUCCCAAUUUGGCUAGCUUUGCGAAAGGUGAUAACUCGCCAUUAACACAACCGAUUGAGCAAUGCAUGGAGAAUGGAGAUAAAUCUCUUAACUCUUUUGAUCCUGAGCCGCAUUCUGGCAAGGGGGACGAAGACAAAAGCCCCUCCGGCGACUCUACUUUAUCUAGUCGGUGGAAGAGGGACGAUGGUUCUCCCGAUUCUGAUCCAAGCACGGCAAGCAGCUUUUCCAGAGCCUUCGAGAGGCAUUUGGCUGCAACUACAGCUGCCGCCAAUACUCGGUAUCAGCUAAAUUCUGUGACCAACAAAGUAGUUCAAGCCAGCGAAGCAUCCCGUUCACGAUCUGGCCAUAUACAGCGACAUCCUGGGGCCAGUAUGAUUUAUAGCUCAAGCCUUGGGCAUCGAAGCUAUGGAGCCAUACGUUCAGGCUCCACCAACUGCUCAGUGGCUAGUAUCAGUGGCCUCAGCGAUAAGAAGCCUUGGGAUAGCGAGCCUUUGGUGAUGGCUUCUCAAGGAGCGGAUGUAGACAAGUCUCUUGGCUAG